AUGUCUCUUCCACUUCGAUGCGCCCUUCGUUCUUCCCCGACAGUAGCACACAUAUGGCAUAAGACCGUUCUCUCAGUUUCUGGGUCGCACGCGUCUCAGUUUCUAAACGGCUUGUUGAGCACCUCUGUCCACGAUCCUCCCCGUGGCCCAUUCUUCUCUGCUUUCUUGCAUCCUCAGGGCAGAGUUAUACACGAUAUUUUCGUAUACACUUCCGUCGAUGCCGCUGGCCGUCCGGGAUACCUGAUAGAGUAUGAUGCCUCUGCGGGAACUCCAGACUCAGACUCGUUGUUAGCAUUGCUGAAGCGCCACGUCCUGCGCUCAAAAGUAAAGCUACGUGACGUUACCAGUGAAUACGACGUAUGGGCUGUUUAUGGUUCAGAGAAUGAGAGUGCAUGGGAGCAACCUCGACGGUGGAAGUGGGCUGCUAGUCACGUCGUAGAACCCGAAUGGUCAGAGGGAGAAUGGCCAUGGGGCACCGAGCAUGGCGUAAUUCGCGACAGAAGGGCACCUGGGAUGGGGAAGAGGGUCCUAGUGCGCAAGGGGGACAAGCCACAGGAAGCCUCGACAUACGACUUAGGGUCCUCUCUCUCUUAUCUACUUCACCGUCUUCAACAUGGAGUACCAGAAGGAUCUAAUGACAUACCUCCUCAACAAGCGUUCCCAAUGGACUCCAAUUUAGAUAUUAUGGGUGGGCUGGACUUUCGCAAGGGCUGCUACGUAGGCCAAGAGCUUACUGUGCGCACCUAUCAUACUGGGGUUGUGCGCAAGCGAAUAUUACCUGUCGUCGUGUACCCACCAGGUAAAAGGCCGAGCGAAGUGAAUAUCUCGAGAUAUGCGCCGACUCUCCCACAUUCGUUGGAUAUCCACGCUCGUGUGCUUCGUGAGCCCGGAGACGAUCGGCCAAUUCCCCGCCCCCGUGGUACCGGAAAGCUUCUUAGUAAUGUGCAGGGCAUGGGUCUUGCUCUCCUGCGCACGGAGCACGUUGCUGCCGUGGAGAAUGGCACGGCGCAGCUUGAGGUAUCCGACCCAAAAACUGGUGAUGUCUUCCAAAUAGAACAUUGGUGGCCAGAUUGGUGGCCCAAGCAGCAGAAAUGA